CUGUGCCGUGCUCGAGCCCGUGCCCGCAAGCAAACCCUGGAAACCCUAGAAAGGGUGGAGAGGCCUUUGGCUUCCCCUUUUUGCGUGGAGAUCGAGGGAGGAGGCGUGCCUGCGAAGCGAUCACCACUCUGGGAAUUCUUCUGCCGUCGGUUUCUUAGCUUACGGUUUGGGAUUCCGUUCGGUGGUGUUCUUUCCGUUUCGUUCUUUGCCUUCGUCUCUUCGGGUGGGCGUUUCUUAUCUGCGGUCGGUUGGUUUCGUGGAGCUGAUUGAGAGGGAGAAGGUGGGAUGUGACAAGAUGGAGGGGAGCUUCGGAGGUGGUGGUGAUGAUGGUAUUGGAAAGAAUGGGGGACCAAGCGACGGUCGGCCGCCAAACCCUUUCGCUGGAGCGUAUCGGCAGUUCUUGGGCGGGGCCCAUGGCGAGUCACCUUGUAAGUCGGCUCUCGGUCGCCAUGACUCCCUUGCAAAGACAAAACUGCUGGACGUUACUAUUGAGGUUGAGAAAAGCAGUGAGGGUUGUGAAACUGACUUUCUCCCAAUUCUACGGUCUGGGGCUUGGACUGAUAUAGGAUUCCGGCAUACCAUGGAGGAUGCAUAUGUUUGCUCUGACAAUUUCAUUCUAGAUUAUGGGCUCCAAAAUUAUGGAGAAGGGCCUAGUGCCUUCUACGGGGUUUUUGAUGGGCAUGGCGGAAGGCAUGCUGCAGAUUUUGCUUGCAACAACUUGCCUAGAUUUCUCCUUGAGGAUGAGGAUUUUCCAAAGGAGAUUGAGAGAGCGGUUGCUUCUGCAUUCUUGCAGACAGAUACUGCUUUUGCAGAAGUCUGCUCUGUCAACUCGUCUCUUGCUUCCGGGACGACUGCACUGGCUGUACUAGUUAUUGGAAGGUCACUGGUGGUUGGAAAUGCUGGAGACUGCCGGGCUGUUCUUUGCCGCCGUGGAAAGGCCAUUGAGAUGUCUCAUGAUCACAAGCCAGCCUGCAGUAAGGAGCGGAAGCGAAUUGAAGCGUUGGGGGGUCAUGUCUACGAUGGCUACCUCAAUGGGCUGCUUAAUGUGGCCCGUGCCAUAGGGGACUGGCACAUAAAUGGGAUGAAGGAUCACGAUGGCUUGGGCGCUCUCAGUGCAGAACCCGAGGUGAUGAAAAUGAGGCUGACCGAGGAUGAUGAGUUUCUGAUCCUGGGUUGUGAUGGAAUCUGGGAUGUUUUCCUCAGCCAGAAUGCGGUGGACUUUGCACGCCGGAAGCUCCAAGAACACAAUGAUCCAGCCGUCUGCUGCAAGGAGCUGGUCGACGAAGCCCUGAAGAGGAAGAGCAGCGACAAUCUUGCAGUGGUUUUAGUGUGCUUCCAGUCAAAGCCGCCUCCUGUGCUGACUGCUCCACGGCCUCGGGUUCAAAGAAGCAUAUCAGCGGAGGGCCUUAGGGAAUUGCAAAGCUUCCUAGAUAGUCUGGCGGAUUGAGGUAGGCAUCACCGAAUGUCCGGUUGUUCUCUCCGUGAUUCUUAGGUGGAUUUUAGAUUUAGCUGCCUAGCGUGGUAGUCUCUUUUUCGCUGGUGAGAUUUUGUUAUUGCCCAACUGUAACAUAUGCGGCGGCUGAUUCCCAUCUACACUGAGUUUCUGUUUUUCCAUUCAACUAUUGGCACAAGAACAAGACCCUAUUUACUUGCUAAGGCAUGCCGACUAGGCUGUUUACAGUGCAGCUCUUCAUCAUAAAGGCAAAGGAAAUGCCUGAUUGCGUUA